AUGCCGUUCCAGACGGCUCAGUUGCUGUUGUGUGACGAUCAGCACGUCGCACAAGGCAGCAAACAAUGUCGACAUAUGGCAUACUUUCGAGUCUGCUGGAACGUUGAGCAAACGUUUUAUCAAUUCUUCACUCUAAUGUCAAGCUCUUCCGACAUCAAGCCUUUCCGCAUGGUCGCGGAGGCCAGAGGAGGCACUUUCACGUUCCGAAAGCCCGCAUCCUCUACUCCUAAUGAGAUCGAUGAGAACAAUCACACCCAUGUCGAUCUCAUUGGAACAUACCACUGCAACACCUGCGUGGCCAUAUACUUCCCCAUCGACCAGCGACGCUGCUUUAUGAUGCACUGCAAUGCGUGGACUCGCUACUCCGAACCUACCAACUAUGCAGAGCCCGAGGCUGGCGAGGAGCUCAAACGUGAGAUUAUGAAGAAGCUUCAGCAGGAAGCCAAAGAAAACGACUGGGACCCGACACUCGAGGGCUUCGCUGAGGUCGUCUAUGCGGCGUGUCCCAAGUACAAAGUCGACUAUGAGGGCGACAUGGUCAAGACAGGUGGGUACUAUGCCGUGGAAGCCGUGCGAGAGUUCUUGAAAAAUCAAGCAGACGCUGUUGACAGGAACGCCAGCCAAUUUACAGCAUUGGUGGAGAAGGCCAAUACCAUCCGCCACCAAGCAAACGGGUUCAUGGUGCACACUGAUCUCCAGGGGUUUGUCGUGCACCACGCUAGUAGGAAGAUGGUUGCGACCUUCAAGGCGAACCAGGAAGGCCUUUACCACCGCCGAAGCCCUGCUGAUUUAGGCCUUUAUCGACCGGUGACCGUCCUCGGCCUUGAGAUUUGCAAGUGGUCAAUUUGCGUCGACGAUCAAGAAGCCAUUGUCUUGGAGCAGAUGUUCCGCGCGAAGCAGAAGGGCGUGAAGCUCACUGAAGAAGAUAUGGAGGAACUGGAGAUCAAUCGCUUGCGCGCUGGUCCUGAGAGGUCCUCUCCUGGGCCGGAGGAAUUGAGUUCAAGGUGA